AUGGAGGACGGUAAAGAUCUUGAAUUUCAGGUGAUUUCCACCCUGACCUUUACUAUAGGAGAUGUUAAUGAACCUCCUUAUGACCUUCAUCUGACCUCAUUAAAUGCACCGAUACAGUUUCCAGAAGAUAAACCAGAGCUGAAGGAAAAUGUCAAAGCAACUUAUAUAGGAACCAUAGUAGUGAAAGACCAGGACAAGGGAGACAAUCUAGUGAUGAAAUUAAUGGAUGAUCUAGGAGGCCGUCUGGUUAUAAUGAAUGCAGACUGCUCUCAAGUCAAGACUGCUGUAGUGUUAAUGUCUGGUUAUAAUGAACCCAGACUGCUCUCAAGUCAGGGUCAUUUUUAUCACCUGGUUAUAAUGAACCCAGAAUGCUCUUAA